GAGGCUGGAGGACUGGGGUGAUGGCUGCUCCCAGGAAAGGUCACUUAUUUAUUGAUACUGUGUCACAUUUCCCUCAGUGACUGCCAGCCCGGAAUGGCUGUGAGUUUGUGCUCUUCUCACUGGGGAAUUGGAGGAGGUUUUGGUGUAAUUAGAAAUUGGAGAAAAAUCCCGUUGACAGUCUCACCUCUGUCCCCCUUUAAGUUAUCCCAGUUUGUCCCAGCUUGGAGCUGCACAGAAAUCAGGCAGGGGAAAUGACAUCAGGGAUACAGCUGUCAGUUCCAAGGCAGAGAGAGGAAAUGUAGCAGCAAAGGACAGGGGAGGGGAAAGGUUUCAGAAAGCAUUUCUGUGGUGUAAUGAAUGCCAAUUUCUGCUUGCCCAGGGAGAAGAGGACGAACUCCCAGCCAUUCAGGCCUGACAGUCCCCUGCAGCGAGAGCUCAGCACGCAUCCCCAGAGGCAAGUCCAGCAGGAGAAAGAAGGAAAAAAGUGCUUCAUGGAGCGUGGCCAUGCCCAGGCAGAGCUGCCCCUUGAACGCCAGCUGUGCCAAGAAACCAGCAGAGCUUCCAAGGAAGCUCAGCAGCAUCGGGACAGGGACAGGUGUGUAUGCCAAAGAAUUUCCCGUUUAAAACCCUCAUCCCAACCCCACCCAUGUCCCUUGGAGGCACUUGACAGGGUUGCCUGGAAUUCAGCUGAUUUGACCCCCCCUUGAGCUCAGGCUCCAGGUGAGAUUUUCAAGCAGGAGAAGGCAGAGGCCAGAAGCAUUCGCAGCCCAUGCCGAGGCAGCCCCUGUGCCCACGGGAGAACAUCUCUCCCUGCAGAAUCUCAGUUCCUUUCAGAGCCUCAGCAGUGGCCUCUGCAAGUUCUUUUCCCUCAGGAAAGGCUGCACAUCCCUGCCUUCAGCACACCUCCAGUGGGAGCCACCUGUGAGAAAGCUUUCCAUCCCUUCUGCACUUCCAGCUGGCUCCCUGAACAACUCCCACCUUCAUCCAAAAAAAAAAACAAAAAAAACCUUCAUCCCAGCCAAACCUUUGAUUUUAAGGCAUCUCUGGAGGGUAGUGCUUGGGAUCUGAUAUGUGUGAGGGCAGAUUGCCUUGGCUUUAAUGCUGCUGCUGCAUGGAUGAUGGCCUCAGGCUGGAAGGGAAGGGAUUGGGGGUGGCCGGGACAGACCCGGCAGCUGCGUGGGAGCUCUGGGAGGUGGGAACGGGGAAUUGCUGUCCGAGCCCCUCUGCAAGCGGCCCGUGCCGCCAUCAGCAGGAAAUGCCAGCUGUUCCCGGCGGUGCUUUUGGGCUGUCAGUGGUCUCUGUCCGGGCUGAAGCAUCUCCAGGUACCUGUUCAGAGCAGCCCCCGGCCCAGGAUCCGCAGGCAGCCCUCGAGCCGCGUCCGUGCCGGCGCUGGCCGGGCGCCCCGGCGCCCUUCCCCAGGGUGUGUGCUCGGCACAGGCAGGACACUGCAGGCACAGCCCAAGGACGAGAGGUGCCGGUUCCCUUUCAGGUCCCUCCUGGCCUCCUCCUGCCCCGAGUUCCCUGACAGCUGGGACACACAGAAACACCAAGGAACGUUGCUGGCAGCGAGCAGGAGACACAGAGGCCUCUGUACAGCUCUGGGCCAGAAAAGCAGCCCCAGCUUCAGCAGCUGCCAUCGUUUUGGCCUGGCAAUACUCACCUGCAGGAACUGUUCUAUUUACUUGAGAGUCAGAUUUUAGGAUGCCUCUCAACUCCAGUAUAUCCUCAAUAUAUCCCGUGAUCUGGAAGUAAAGGGGAAAAUUCUCAGCUGAAUUUUAAUAAAGGAAGUUUUACCAUUACGGAGCCCUUUUUUUUUUUUUUUUUUUUUUUUUUUUUUUUUUUUUUUUUUUUUUUGCGUUGCAAAGCAAGGGGGAGGGGAAGCAUCUCACCUGGCAGGUGUUGGAGAAGCAGCCCGAGUGGAACCGGGCCGGGCCCCCGCCGAGCAGCUCCUCCCACCCACGGUGAUCCAGCCCCUCUCGUUCCACAGGGGUGCGGCCGGUGGGAGCCCCACGGCUGGGCGGACACGGGGAAGGGGGAUCCAGGAGCUGCUCUCCUCCGGGGGCUCCGCACACCUGCGGGAUGAGGACACCGGGAGCGGCGGGACUUGGGGUUGCCGGGGUGGCACGGCGUUCCCCGUGCCCCGGCCGGUUCCAGCCGCGCUCCGGCGUCUGCACCGGGAGAUUCCGCCGCCGUUCUCCCGGGCACGGUUACCGGCAGAGCCCCGGCUCCCUGCGGCCGCAGCGGGAUCACGGCCCGAGUCCCACGGCCGCUGCGGCCGGAGCAGGAGCGGCAGCGCCGGGCUCGGCCCCGGCGCCCGUCCCGGGGCGGCUCCUGCUGCCCGCGGCGAUCCCGAUGCCGGUCCUGCGAUCCGCACCCGGCCAGCCCAGGGAGAGGCGGCACCGCUCGGAACCCCCAGCGGACCCCGACAAGACCCAGAGCCGAGCCCUGGCCCCCCCCCAGCCCGAGCACGUCGGGCUCCGCGCAGCGCCGGGAGCGGCCCCUGGGUUGGGAUCGGCGCAGCGCUCCGAGCGAUGAUCCCACCGCAUCCCGAGAGGAACAUCCGCGUACGGAGCGGGGCGGGAGCGGCUCGGCCGCAAUUGAAGGGCGCGGGCGGGGCGGGGCCCCGGGGGGGGGCGGCACCUGCCCAGGUGUGCGGGGCCCCAGAGCGCCUGCGCGGGGCGGGGCUGAGGGGAUUUAAACCGCGGGGAGAGGCCGGCGGAGCCAUUUGCUCCUCGGCGCUCGGGAGGGGAGGUGCUGCCCGAGCCGGGCUCUACAGCUCUUUUCCUUUGUGUUUCUUUUCUUUAUUACUUCUUUUUCUCUGUAUUUCUUCUUUCUCCCCUCCCUUCCUCCCCUCCCCUACCCCCCUCCUCCCU